AUGAUGCUUCAACACCCCAGCCAGGUCCCGGCCUCAGAAGUCAGUGCCUCUGCAAUUGUCCCCUGCCUGUCCCCGCCUGGGUCACUGGUGUUUGAGGAUUUUGCCAACCUGACACCCUUUGUCAAGGAAGAGCUGAGGUUUGCCAUCCAGAACAAGCACCUGUGCCACCGGAUGUCUUCUGCGCUGGAGUCAGUUACGGUCAGCGACAGACCCCUGGAGAUGUCAAUCAUGAAAGCCGAGGUAGCCCCCGAGGAAGAUGAAAGGAAAAAGCGGCGACGGGAAAGGAAUAAAAUUGCCGCUGCCAAGUGCAGAAACAAGAAGAAGGAGAAGACGGAGUGUCUGCAAAAAGAGUCGGAGAAGCUGGAGACUGUGAAUGCCGAGCUGAAGGCCCAGAUCGAGGAGCUCAAGAACGAGAAGCAGCACUUGAUCUACAUGCUCAACCUCCAUCGGCCCACGUGCAUCGUGCGGGCCCAGAACGGGCGGACUCCAGAAGAUGAGAGAAACCUCUUUUUCCAACAGAUAAAAGAAGGGACAUUGUAGAGCUAAGCGGCUAUGGUAUGGGGGCAACUGGGGAGUCCUCACUGAAUCCUCCCUUUAGACCUCAAAGCCCUGAAGUGAUCGGAGAUCUGACUUCCUGUGCACCUCUAGGACCCCAGCAGCAGAGACCCACGGAAGCGGGAGGCCCGAGCUGACUGGGCUGGUUCUGUCUGCUCAAGCACCAGAACAGACUUUGGACUAGGGCAAGUGCGUGUGUGCCUCAACUCCGGGAUUUAGGCUUUACCAUACUGGCCCUUAGUAGAUGCUCUGGGAGACCCCUGGUUAGGGUCCUACUCACCUUUCAUCCGGAUUCCACAAAAACCAGGAGUCCCACUAUGCGGAUUCACGCAGAAGAAGUAUUGUGCCUUGGGUGUGUAGGGCCACCGCCUCUGCUGCCACUGUCACCUGUCAGGGAAACAGAGAGGAUGGCAGUCGGUGACCCUGUGCUUUCUGGCAAAGAUGCUGUUCAGCACAGGAAUUACUGUGUGCAAGGCAGUCAUUUCAAAACGAGCCAUUGUGAUGAUGAGUUGUUUGCACAACAUGGUGUGACCUUUACAGGACUUUUCUCAGAUCUGGUUUCUGAGAGCUUGGGGAGCUGUCAUGCCAGGCGCUGUCUGUCUUACAAAGUGUUCAGGGGUCCAGAGGGUCUCGUCAGUCCAGGAGAACAGAAUCCUCCUGUGGGCCAGCACCAUCAAUUUCCUUUUCCUUGGUUGGCCCCAAGGCAUUAACGUGAAAUCCAUGGGCAUAGUGUAAUCAGGGGGGGUCCUCUGUUAUAAACUCUGUAAAUCCUCAUCACAAGAAGGAUGCUGAAAGGAAAAGCCACCUUCCACAGGGCCAGGAUUCUCUGGGUCAGGAGGUGUUUGUGGGCCUGGAGAGUCAAACAGUUCCAUUUUCCUUUUCUUGUGGUCCAAAGCCACGGGCCGUGGACAUGUUGAGAGCCAGGUGAUGCCCAGGCGUUAGUGUUGCUGGCUGUUAGUGGCAUUGCUGGGGUCAUUUAGAUCUUUUUAAAAAGUCUGACCCAGAGCAUUUGCCACUGUGAGAAGACACACUGGUCACCAGGACUCUGGAUCCCGUCUAACUGUUAACUGAAAUUCUCCAAGUGUUUACUCCUCUUCAACGUUAUCAGUACUUGUUCUCUAAGAGAUAGUACUUAUUUAUCGCAGUACUCUUAACCUGUCAGUGUAAUGAAUAUUGGAACUAAGAUAUGGCAGACUUAAGUGUUGUGCUGAUUGCUUUUAGACAGAAUGGUCUUUGAGGUUUAGGGAUCCCCCUCUGCUCCCUUCUCCAUUUGGGGGUGUUUAUUCUCUGGGGGUCAUCCUUUGUUCUUUGGAAUAUCAUGAAGUGAGAUCAUUGGCCUGAAAGGCACCGGAUUGCUCCAUUUCCCAUUGACGAACUGUGCGGUGGUACAAUAGAAUUUUGCAAAUAAAAUUGGAUUUGCUAAAUACCUCAACGAUCAGUUUCUGUGCAUGUACAGACACCGUUUGUUCAACUUAAAACGUCGAGGUCUCCCAUUCUGCCUGAGAACUUCUCUGAAAGUAUUCGUCCCUUGAAUAGCGUUGGUUAGAAAGCCCACAGGUGUGUGUGCAUUGCAAAUGUGUUAUUUCUAAUAUCAGAAAAGAAUGAGAUGGGGCCAGGGAGCUAGAAGGAAAAUUGAUAAGGUGGGUGCGAUAAUUUAAAGAAAAGCAUUCUGCUGAAUUAUGUGGAGUCAUCAGGCCACACUAUAACCCGUUGCUGUUAGGCUGCUUCUGACUCUGGCCUCCUGUGUCGGCUCAGAACUGCUCCGUGACAAUUCAAAGGCUGCCGUCUUUUCGGCAACAGCCUGCCUUAGUUUUCCUCUGCAGCAGCUGGUGGAUUCAAACCCCUGAUAUUUGGUCAGCAGUCAAGCACUUUAACCACUGGGCUUCUUCAGCCACAGAACCAGGCUCCUUUGCUCUUGGCUUAUGCACACACAUACAGUUCACAUGUCAGACAUGAACAUGGACUGUGUUGUCACCGACGCCGUCAAAGACACCUCCUUCAUUACCCAUUAGAGUCAUCCACACCCAUGGGGUUCCUUCGCCUGGUGCAUGUGUGCGUGGAUCCUUGACAUUUUAUUACCCGGGAUGCAGGCGUCAUAGUUUUGCUGCUUUCAUUACAUACUAAAGAUAGGUUCCUAAUCUGAAGAGUCCGAGUGAGGUUGGACUUCUUUUACAAAAUAACCUAUUUCGCUUGUCUACCCUCUGGAAGGGAGGGCAUGAAAACACACCUGUUGUUGAUUGAAGUGCUGGGCUGCUAACCGACAGGCUGGUAGUUUACAUUUACCAGCCACCCCGGGAGGAAGAAGAGGCUCUGCCCCCGACAGGUAGACAGCCUCAGCCUCAGAAAUGCCAAGUCGCUAUUCUGCUCUGUCGUGGGGAGUCGCUGUGGCUCAGACUCAGCUCACUGGAAGUGGGUUUGUGGGUUGCUUGCUCUAAGGACAGGUUAGAAGUGCCCCAUCGUGUUUCCCAAACUGAACCUUUAUGGAGUCAGACUGUCACGUCUUUCUUCUGAGGCACGUGGGUUCAAAUCGCCAAACUUUUGGUUAGCAGCCAAGCACUUUAGCACUAUGCCACCAGGCCUCCUGGGUGUGGGUGUGGGUGCCACCAACCACUAUGAAAUUCAAGGCGAUUUGUACGCCACCAUGGACAAUAAUGGAUUUGCGAGGAAGGCAGAUGUUGGGAUAUGGGGUCAGAACAAUGAAUCUGAGGAAUGCACUGUUUAUGGUUAGAAUAACUGUAAGCUCUUUUUAAUAAAUGCAAUAUGCAUAUUCGCUUU